AAACAAUGCUCACUUAAAACUCGUGCUCAGCCCUUUAUACAAGCACUUUCACUCCUGCUUGCUUUAACUCCAGUAGCCUAGCAUUGGCCUGGAGUAUCACGAAUCCUGGAGUCUGGCUGUCUGAGUUUAAAUUCUGACUUCACCACCUACUAGGUGCAUACUGUGGGCGAGUUGCUUAACUUCUCUGAGCCUGUUUGCUCAUCUGUAAAAUGGGGAUAAAAGCAUCUGCCUCAUAGAGUAUUUGUGAGAACUAAAUAAAGUAAUACACGUAAGUGGCAUAGAACAAUGGCUGACGCGUAGGAGCGCUAUUUAAGUGCUCGCAUUAUUACUACUAUUUCUAUUCUUAUUUUAGCUUCUACCUCACCUCUCUGUGCCCAUGCUGUCCCUCCUGGCCCACAGUGCCCCACCCAAACUGGCUGGUUUCGACUGGGGAGGUGCUUUGGAGCAGGUGCACACCCCCACAUCCAGCUUCUCAUCAGCUCUCACUGGAGUGGUGCAACCCAGGCCAGGUCAAGCCCAAAUGGAGCCAGGACAAGGGCCAGAGAACCUUCAGAGAACCUGAGGCAGCACCUCCUUAGCAGAGGGCCCUAGCCCUUGCCUCUGCUGCUAUAGCAUCACAGAAACCGAGCCAGAUCUCCGAAAAUCUACUCUAUCAGCGGCUGCAUUUGCUACCAUUCUCAGGACCCUCACCAUGAAAGGCCUUCUGCUGCUCUCCCUGUCUUCUCUGGUCUGCUGGGUCUCAGCUGACAUUCGCUGUCACUCCUGCUACAAGGUCCCUGUGCUGGGCUGUGUGGACCGGCAGUCCUGCCGCCUGGAACCAGGACAACAAUGCCUGACAACAAAUGUGUACCUCGGUAAGAUGUGGGUUUUCUCCAACCUUCGCUGUGGCACACCAGAAGAGCCCUGUCGGGAGGCCUUCAACCAAACCAGCCACAAGCUGGGCCUGACCUAUAACACCACCUGCUGCAACAAGGACAACUGCAAUAGCCUGGCCCCCCGGCCCACCCCGGCCCUAGCCCUUGUCCUCACCUCCUUGGCUGGCCUUGGCCUCUGGCUGCUGCACUGAGGCUCACUCCAUGGCUGCCCCCCUCCCUCCUGCCUCACCUGAACCUUUCUCCCUGUGUCUCGGAUCCCCUGACUUCCCACAGUGGUCUCUCCCUAGCUCUCUUUGCACUAAAAAAAAUUUCUCCAGAUCCUUCACAUUUCUUUAAUUAGACAGUGGUCUCCCUCUCCAUCCUUCUACCCCAUACCCUCCAGUCUGCUUUUCCUGAGUCCCUUCCUAUUUCCCCCUAGACCAUUCCAGAUCCUCCAUUGGCCCCUAGAAGGACUCCCCACUUUGCCUCCUGCUCUCUGUGGUGCCCUACUCAGAGAGGGAUUGGAAUCUGGGCCUGAAAUGGAGCUUCCAUCCUGUUCCUAAUGAAGGCUCCCAGAAAGGACCUGAUGACUUCAUUGUACAGGGCUUAUUCCUCAAAUCCUGGCUCCCAUUGUACUCCAUCCCUAUGCUCCCGUUUCCAUUUUGAAUAAUAAAUGUCUGUGCCUGA